UCAUAAUGCCAGGUCACGCGUCCAUAGUUACCAGCCUAACUGUGUGGUUGACAGUAGUUGACACUAAACUAACAUCGACUUUGUGACCAUUGAAUUGAGAGUCUCUACUACUCUGCAUUGAAUAAGUAUUUAUUACUUAUCCGUUAUGAGUUUUCAUCAAAAGAAUUUGUGGUGCGGAAAAUAACUCAAAUGAAUUUAUUCAGAAAAGUGAACCAUCGUCAUUACUGACUCAUUACUCAUUCUGUGUCAAUUUGUCGUUGACUUGGGCAUAACGACGACAAACUGAUUGCAAAACAAACUGAUGAACCGUCGUGCAGGCCUAUUGAUUUAAUUCAACAGCCAAACAAAUGCCACUACAGCGAGAUGCCAGUAGUGACAGCCUUUUGAACAAUGGGCCACGGUCUGAAUAUGUAAAGCGCUACCAAGAAUACCCAAUUCAAAAAACUACAAGUUACAGGCCUUCCAAUGAAGUGGUGAGAGGUCAGGGAAAAGUUGAGUCAGAAACAGUAUUCAGGAGAGAUUACCCAGAACAUCCUUUGCAAAAGCGUGAAAGGGCACGGCCUGUUGAUGGAAAUUUAAGACCUGAGGGUCAUCACGACUUUACCUCAUCCUAUCAAAAUGAGUUCCCUGAAAGGACAAUAGAAAAAAGAAAAGCAUACAAGCCAGAUUUUGAAAAAUCUCCUCUAGCUGCCUUUGAUGCGCAACCUUCUUAUCGAGACGACUACCGUGAGUGGGAAUUACCUAAGAAGAGUCCCAAAGAAAUACAUCAGUGGCAACCACCAGCCCAGCCUUUUGAAGGAAAGACAACCAUCAUGAAUGAUUAUAAAGAACACCAGGUCUCACCACGUGUGGAUCAUAGACCCAAUAAUAAACCAAUUCAUUCAGAGGAACCAUUCAAUGCAAGCACCGACUACAAAGAUACAUACAAAGAGCACCCACUUCCACAAAAAUUUUAUCGUGAGAAAGAACAAUGGCAGAAGCCUACAGUACCCAUUGAUAGCACCACCAUCCAGCAGAGGGACUACAAGGGUGUGUACGCACCAAAGCAGAAAAGUUUGCGGCCAGACAUGAACCCUGUCAAGUCGGAUGCUGCAAUAGAGAGUGAAACCACUCAUACCCUUGCUUACAAGCCCCAUGAGUUACCCAAGAGAUACAGGCAUGAAGGAGAAAAAUAUAAACGUCCAGAUGGCUACAUGGACCUCAACACCACCAACUCCAUGCAGUUUACUGAGCACCCACUACACAAACAGGAGAUACACAAACCUGAUUCAUCCCAUCUACUCCGAGGAUCAGGAGAGAUGUCUAAAGAUACCAAUUACACCAAGGACUACCUUGAAUAUCCAAUCAAUCGAGUGUCUCCUCUCAAGCCAAAAAAUGAUUACCAGGCCCCCACUGUUCCCAUGGAAUCUCAGACAGAGUACCAGGCUGACUUCUAUGGCAGGCAGCCAAUGCCCAGAGAAAACUUCAAGCCCAAAGAUGGUCCAUUUCAUUCCGACCAGCCCUUCGAUGACAGAACAGAUUACAGAGAUAAGUUCACAGAGUACAAGGUCAAUCCUCGACAGCAGCGCCCCAAAGAUGUUUAUACAAAACCUACGGCACCAUUAGAUUCCAGGACAACAGCCCAGGAUUCCUACCAAGGUCCGUAUCAAGCCAAACGUGACAGCUUUAAACCAGACACCAACAUCAUGAAAUCUGAUGCCCCUUUUGAUGACAGCACAACAAUGAACCGAGACUUCAAGGCACAUGAAGUUCAUCGAAGGGACAUUCCAAAACAACAGCAGUACCAGAAGCCAUUAGGAGAUAUGGAUUUGAUAACAAGUCACAAUACCCACUACAAAGAACACCCACUACAAAAACACACCAUUGAAAAGCCAGGUUCCUCACACUUGCUCUGGGGCUCUGGUGAAAUGAACAGCAAAUCAAAUUAUCAAGGAGAUUACAUAGAGCGGCCUAUAGAGCGUCGUAAGAAUAUGAAACCAGAAAAUGAAUAUAUGCCUCCUACAGCACCUAUGAACAAUGAAACAACACACCGUGCUGAUUUCUUUGAACGCGAGCUUGGACCACGAGAAAACUUUAAGCCUAGAGAGGCUCCAAUGAAAUCUGAUGUUCCCAUAGAUGACAGAACUGGGUACAGGGACUCGUAUGUUCCACAUAAAAUCACCCCCAGAGAGAUGAGGCCUAGGGAGGUCUACAAGCCGUCCACGGUGCCAUUAGAUGACAGGACAACUGUGCGGGAGUCUUAUCAAGGACCUUUCCAGCCUAAACGUGAGAGCUUUAAACCUGAGACUAAUCUCGUCCAGUCAGGAGAGCCCUUCCAGGGUGCCAGCAUCACAAACACAGACUUCAAAGAGCACAGACUGCCAGAUAGAUACAAACAUAAGGCAGAGGCUUACCAUAAGCCUGAUGGGAUCAUGGACUUGACCACAACAAACUCCACCACAUUCCAUGAGCAUGCCUUACAAAAACACACAAUAAACAGACCUGAAUCAUCUGGCUUAUUAAAAGGUUUUGGGUCCAUGAGAAAAGAUACCAAUUAUCAAGGAGACUUUCAGCACCCCCCACCAGUAAAACGUGAGAUUGUAAAAGCAAAAAAUGACUACAUUCCACCUUCUGCCCCCAUGGAUUCAACGACCACCACGCAAGACGCUUACACUGAGCAUGGCAUAUUCCCCAGGAUGAACUACAAGCCUAAAAAUGAUUAUUUUAGACCUGAUGUUCCAUUUGAUGACAGAACUGAUUACAGGGACAAAUUUACGGAACACCAGAUUAGUCCGAGGCAGCUUAGGGCUAAGGAGACUCACAAGCCCCCGUCAGCACCCCUGGAUUCAAGAACCAUCACCAACCAGUCCUACAUUGGUGUGUACCAGCCAAAGAGAGAAAGCUUCAGGCCAGAUCAAAACUACCACAAGCCUGACAUACCAAUAGAAAAUGACACAACUUUUGGCAGCAGCUUCAAACAAUGGCCCCUGGGAGAAAGAUUUCAGCACAAACAACAGCCAUAUGUCAAGCCUGAUGGAACAAUGGACUUAACUACUGUCAACAGGGAGACAUACAAAGAAGUUCAUGGGCAAAGACCUCCUAUGGCUAAAAUUGGUUCUUCAAAUGCUUUAGCUAUGUCAGGCACUUUUGAGAACAAUACAAGUUACAGUACGGAAUUUGUGCCCAAACAUAUGGAACAACGAAGGCUUGUAAAGCCAGACAAUGAUUACCAGCCUUCAAAGAUGCCGUUUGAAGACAAAACAGAAUACAGGUCCUCACACGUGGGUUAUGUUGCCCCUAGAGAAAAGAGUUUUCGGCCAAAUCUUUUGUCUGAUGCAUUAGGACAAAGAGAUCCAGCCAACCCUUACCACAUUCAAGAUGACUGGCGACAGAUGCUAAACAUGGCUAAUGAAACAACUGUUAGAGGAUAAACAAAAAACCUUUUGUUGGAGGUGAUCUGUGAUACGAUUUGUUGAAUGGAAAGAACAGUUGCAGUUAAAGUCAAAAUGUAACAUAGUUUUAACUUUCACAGCUACUGUUUAAUCUAAAUUAUUUAUUGGCCUGUAAUUAAUGUAAAAUUUAAAUUAAAAAACCAAAACUUGUCACAGGAUAUAAUUUUUGCUUCUACAACUAAUUUUUUUCCAUCACAAAAUGACCUGAUUGAUUUAAUCAUGAUUAUAGUUUUCAAAAAAAAUUUGCUUAAGUGACAACUCAUAUUUUUAAAAAUAUGUGAAACAAAAUGUUUGGAUUUAUUUUUUGUGAUUUUGUAAUGUAAAAUGAGUGUAUUAUUAAUGCCACAUAAAGAUAUUAUAAACACAUAUAUUGUGUGGAAACCAAUAUGAUAUAGAAUCUGUCAGCAAUGUUGAGUGUCUAGAAAUUAUUCAUGUCAAAUUAGGGAAGAUGAGCAGUUACAGAACUAGUAGACUAGCAUAGCUAGUUAUACCUGUAAUAGGGUGGGUUACUCUAAUAAUGCAGCCAUUAAUAUAGGGUGUGUUACUGUGGAAUGUAUAGUCAAAGUAAUUUACUUGAUGUGAAACCUACUUACUUAUUACAUGGCAUGUUAUGUACAUAGUACUUGAAUUUAUUUCAGGUUGUUUAUUUACAUAAUACAUAUGCACAUCUUCAAUUUUUAAUAGAGGUGAUGGUUACUUUAAAAAAUAAAUUAUAAACUGUAUUGGGCUGGGUGUAUUUUUUUUGGGGAGAUGAUGUUUGUGCACUGUUUUUUUUGCCAAUAAAUUAUAUUUG